CCCAGCUUGUCUGAGUCAUGUCUUGUUUAUGCUGGGACGUCUUGUUCAUGAAUGGAACAGCUGACCCACACGCUUCUGGCUUUUCCCUGUCCCUAUCUGCCACCUUGCUGUAACAGUAACACUGAAAUUACAGACAAACACUACCUUGUCCAUUCUUCUGUGGGCUCCAGGGAUCGGGUCUCAGGGACUCACACCCUUGGUUUACUUCCUAAGCCAUCUCCCCUGCCUGUUUAUUGUUUCUGACCUUAAAUUGGUAGCUAUCCUGGACCCAUUUCUCAGAAGCUGGUAUGGGGAAGUACUGAUGCACUGUACAGCCUAUCCCGAGAGUCCUCUGAUAGGAGAGACUUGGGGGGUGGACCUGGGCAGGCCUCAUUUGCACUCUCUGGUUCUGUAUUCGUGGAACACAUUAUGGUUGUGAAGUGCUUUCUCGUGACUUGUGAAUCAGUUGUCCAGGCUUGGCAACGCUUAAGUGGCAAGGCUGUUCAUGACUCCCGUGUGUCAGGCUACUCCUGUGACCGACCUGGAAAGGGUGUGGCCAUCUGCCCUUUCACGCUGUGGUCACUGGAGAGAGCCUUCCUUGUUCAACCUUUAGGACUUCCCCCUGGCUUUGUUCUGUGCACACAACCUAACAUGGAAGAACGGGGUAAGGGCUGUAAGGGCUGCGAGGGAUGGGAAGGAGCCAGGUGGUGGCUCUCUGCAAGCCUCCCAUCCACAGAGCCACAAACCAACCCAAAGAGCCUGGGAAGAAGGUGUUUUGUUUGUGACAGGAGUCAUUCUAAGAGGGGGAAGGGACACAAAUGGGAAAGGCACAUUUGUACUGACAUUUCCAUUAUUAUCUCAUUCCUGGUCUCAGUUCAUUUGUGCCAGUGGCUUGGAGAGGCAAGCAAGGGCUGCUUGCAGCUGGGGGUUCUUGGAAACGGAUAUUCUGGAGCAACCAAUUUGAGACGAGGACCUGCCCGGUGGAACACUUUGAGAUGCUUUAAAUCAGAGCCCCGUGCGCGAGAGUGUCUCUUUGAGUAUCCGGAGUGUGAUGCAGAGGUAUCUGGCAGAGAGAAACGAAAUAACCUUUGACAAGAUUUUCAAUCAGAAAAUCGGCUUCCUACUAUUUAAAGACUUCUGCUUGAAUGAAAUUGGGGAAGCGGUGCCUCAGGUGAAAUUUUAUGAAGAGAUAAAAGAAUACGAGAAGCUGGACAACGAAGAGGAUAGGCUACGCCGGAGCCGGCAGAUGUACGACGCCUACAUCAUGAGGGAGCUCCUAUCCAGCACACACCAAUUCUCAAAGCAAGCUGUAGAACAUGUCCAGAGCCAUCUCUCCAAGAAGCAGGUGACGGCUACGCUUUUUCAGCCAUACAUAGAAGAAAUCUGUGAAAGCCUUCGUGGGGAUAUUUUCCAGAAGUUUAUGGAAAGUGAUAAAUUCACUAGAUUCUGUCAGUGGAAGAACGUGGAGUUGAAUAUUCACCUGAGCAUGAACGACUUCAGCGUGCACAGGAUCAUCGGCCGAGGAGGGUUUGGGGAAGUUUAUGGCUGCAGGAAAGCAGACACCGGUAAAAUGUAUGCCAUGAAGUGCUUAGACAAGAAGAGGGUGAAGAUGAAGCAGGGGGAGACGCUGGCUUUGAACGAGAGGAUCAUGCUGUCUCUCGUCAGCACUGGGGAUUGUCCCUUUAUUGUCUGCAUGACCUAUGCCUUCCACACGCCGGACAAACUCUGCUUCAUCCUGGACCUGAUGAAUGGGGGCGACAUGCACUACCACCUCUCUCAACACGGGGUGUUUUCUGAGAAGGAGAUGCGGUUUUAUGCCAGCGAGAUCAUCCUGGGUCUUGAGCACAUGCACACCUGCUUCGUAGUCUACAGAGACCUGAAGCCUGCGAACAUCCUCCUGGAUGAAUAUGGGCACGUGAGGAUAUCGGAUCUCGGCCUUGCCUGCGAUUUCUCCAAAAAGAAGCCUCACGCCAGCGUGGGCACCCAUGGGUACAUGGCUCCCGAGGUGUUGCAGAAGGGAACGUGCUAUGACAGCAGCGCUGACUGGUUCUCCCUGGGCUGUAUGCUCUUCAAGCUUCUGCGGGGCCACAGCCCCUUCAGGCAGCAUAAAACCAAAGACAAGCAUGAGAUAGACCGAAUGACCCUGACCGUGAACGUGCAGCUUCCAGAUGCCUUCUCCCCUGAGCUGAGGUCCCUCUUGGAGGGUUUGCUCCAGCGGGACGUGAGCCAGCGGCUGGGCUGCGGAGGAGGAGGGGCACGAGAGUUGAAGGAGCACAUCUUCUUCAAGGGCAUUGACUGGCAGCAUGUGUACUUACGGAAGUACCCGCCACCCCUAAUCCCUCCUCGGGGAGAGGUCAACGCUGCAGAUGCCUUUGAUAUCGGCUCCUUCGAUGAGGAAGACACCAAAGGCAUUAAGCUGUUGGACUGCGACCAGGACCUCUAUAAGAACUUCCCGCUGGUGAUCUCUGAGCGCUGGCAGCAAGAAGUGGUGGAGACCAUCUACGACGCCGUCAAUGCUGAUACUGAUAAAAUCGAGGCCAGGAAGAAGGCUAAAAAUAAGCAACUUGGUCAAGAGGAAGAUUAUGCCAUGGGGAAGGACUGCAUCAUGCACGGGUACAUGCUGAAGCUGGGGAACCCCUUUCUCACACAGUGGCAAAGACGCUAUUUUUACCUGUUCCCCAACAGACUGGAGUGGAGAGGAGAGGGCGAGUCUCGGCAAAGUCUACUGACCAUGGAACAGAUCAUGUCUGUGGAGGAGACCCAGAUUAAAGACAGAAAGUGCAUCUUACUCAGGAUAAAGGGAGGGAAGCAAUUUGUCUUGCAAUGUGAGAGUGACCCCGAGUUUGCACAGUGGCUGAAGGAGCUGACCUGUGCCUUCAAUGAGGCCCAGAGACUGCUGCGCCGCGCCCCCAAAUUCCUCAACAAACCACGGGCCGCCAUCUUGGAGUUCUCCAAGCCACCACUGUGUCACAGAAAUAGCAGCGGCCUCUGAACCACAGAGCAGUGGGGCCUGAAGGAGGGGCCCCAGCUCUUCAGCCCAGGAGUGGAACAAAGCCACGGGGAACCGUGUGGGGCUAAGACACAGUGUUUCUGAGCACUGACGGGGCUGCUCCAGGCCGAGGAGGCUCAUGACACCAGGGCAGCCCUCUGGGAGCUGGGACAUCCUCGGGGCUGUCCUAUCCACACUCGAAAUUACUGAAGAAGCAGAGGCAUUCUGCUGUGCAACUCUCUCACUUUGGUAUCCAGGGACCCAGAACGUAAAAUGGUCCUUACUUCUCAAGCUUUUAUGUCUGGCAGGGAGCAUAUCUUGGGUGGAAGCACAGUCUCUGGGACUAUGGUGGCCUGUUCUAGGCAUUGCUGUAACCGAGUGCCUGCCUGAGGUGUAGGGGUUGAGGCUCCAGACACUGGAGGAGGGUCUCUGUAGGUCAGGGCUGACUCCUUGCUGUCCCCGAGGCGAUGAGGUAACCCUGAGCAUCAUGUGCACUUCCUUCCUCUGAUGACUUCUUUCCAGAGAUGCCAGUCAGAGGGAAGAGGUAGGAUGGCCCCUCGAGGAAACUUCGCAGCAUCCAUCACAGCCAUUUCUGGUGGGCACAGACUUCCAGCAGGAUCUAGGUAACUCACCAGACAGUGUCCCCAACGCAUGGCGUGCAUAAACUUGGGGUCACCAUCGAUGGUUAGGUCUCUGACAGAGUCCUCCUGAUCCCCCGGUUUGACCUGGGGAGCAUCUGAGGAUGUGGCCAAGAUAGACAAGAGUUGCUGCCUUGUCUUUCAGUAUAGCUUAUAAUGAUCUCACACUGGUGGGUGACAAUGUCCAGUGGUCAGUCCCCUGUGCGCCCUGGCAUGCCCCACACCCUCUGUCACUAAUGCACUGUGCGCUGGGUUAUUCUGACGGGGGCAGCAGUUUGCCCAGCCCCCUUCCCCUUAAAGGUGGUUUUCUCUGCUGCUGCCUGGCCCCAUGUCACCACAAUGAGAAUUCCUGCAAGGUCUCGGUGGACUUGUCCUAUUCCUGAGGCCUUGGGGGCAGGGGCGGUCUGGUAGUGUUACUGGGUCUCUAGACGAACUCCCGAGCAUAUAACCUGACAGCAGAAUUCUUCGUGUUCUGUCCUGGAUCUUCCUGACAGUCCCCAGUGUGUAUUAUGUUCUUGUGCUGGGGAAAAUGAGGUGUUUAUUUAUUGAUAUCUAUGUUUUUUUUUAAUUGCAAUUACCUUUUGAGAGUUUGGAAGAUAAUUUACUGAGAGGGUCCAUUACUCGGCAGGUGCAUGAGGGACCUGUGAGACUCAGGGCCUGCCUCACCGCACAUGCAUUCUGGGUUCACGAUCACACACAGGGCCGCUGUUCACUGCCUCCAGGGUGGGAAUGUGGCAUCACCUGGCAGGGACACCUUGCUUGCUUAAAAGACUAAUAUUCAGAUUCUACUACUACUACUACUACUACUACUACUACUACUACUACUACUCACACACACACACACACACACACACACACACACACUUAAGCGUUGUGGUUACUGUGUAGGCAUGGUUAGUAUGGACAGCUCACACAUGCUCAGUCAGACCUGCAGGGAGGGGUAGGAGCUCUAUCUCUGGCCUCUUUAGCGCAUAUAGAGACCUCCCCCCACCCCUUCCACAUUGGGAGGGAGCUUGACCCUAGCAGGUGCUGGGCUAGCUGUAACAGUCUCUUAUCGGGGUUAUAGCUAUACCAAAGUCUUUCAAGAUGGCAUAGGAUCGUGGGAUCCUGCACCUGCACUAAAUCACGCCAGACUGGCACAGAUGUCAUGUGUUGUUAUUGGCCAAGUUAAUUUUAAGGCCCCUUUCCUUUUAGAAAAAGAAGUGUGUGUAGGUGUGUGUAGGUGUGUGUAGGUGUGUGUAGGUGUGUGUAGGUGUGUAUGGUGGGGUCUCCUGCCCUCAACCCCAUUUCCCUCGGGGACAGGAACGAGAGAGAGUGCAGAUGGCCUCUGGCAUAGUCCUAAAGAUUCGUAUGGGCUGGUGAUGAAUCUGCUAGCGCCAUCUUAAAGACCAUCUUUCUACCCUGGCAUAUGGCUAGGGUGUGUCCUGGAUCCAUAGGGUGGGAGGAGGAGCCAGAUGGGUUGAUGAUACACGGCUGUUUGAGAGUUCCCAUCAUGCAGGCAAGUCCCUAGAUGCCUCUUGUACUCAGACUAUUAACAGGACGAGCCAUGCAUACUAGUGACUUGGAUUUCUGGCCUGGAGCACUUAACAUGAUGGAGGAUGUUCCACGUAUUGCCGUUUUUACACAGCUAUACUCUACGUAGGCGUGGUUUCAUAAGGCAAGAAUCAAUGCACAAAGUCCAAGAAUAUCAGAUAAUUUUAGAGCCGCUAUGUGACACACACCAAAUUAAAACCUUUGGCAAGCCCCAGUUUGUUUAUUAUUUAUUUUAAUCUAAAGUACCCUCUUGUCCUUGGGGCUCCCUACUUUUCCUCUGGGUCAUAAUUAAAUGUGUGUGUGUGUGUUUUUUAAACAAAGCCUGUGGAAAUUGUCACACUGUAGUGAUUGACAGAGGAACCUGUCUUGCUACUGAUACUCGAGUGUGCACAUUGAAAGGCCUAUUGGCUGACAUUACAGACUGUCCAUGUAAAACCAGCAGUGAAGGAUGGAUGGUGGCCUACAGGGGAAAGACACUGCAGGUUCACAAGCCCAGCCUUGAUUGGCAGAGGCAGGAGGCUUAUGCGUUUGAGGCUAGCCUGGCCUACAUAGCAAGUCUCUGCCUCCAGAACACCAAGGGCUAUGGCAGUAGCUCUGGGCCAAGGUCUUGCCUUACAUCUCCAAGGUUCUGGGUUUAAUCCCCAGAGGGGGUGGACAUUGGGCAGCAGACUGUUAGCCAACUAAUAAGAUUUAGCUCUAGUGGCCGCCUUGACCUUGGCUAUGUGUCUGUGAGAAGCAGCUGUUCUGAGGCCCCCUAAGCCAGGAUUGUUCACCAGUGGUCAGCGUGACAGAGAGGCAGAGCAACUCGGUACAAGAACUCACUGUUUCAGUGGUAGGGUAAGGACAGAGGGAGAAGGCUUGGUUGGCUGAUGGAAGCCACACACUUGGCAUGAGGGGAGGGAAUGAGGGGAGCUCAAGGGACACGCCCUCAGAAUCCCCCAAGGAUUUUUGCAAGACUUGCUUGCUUCCUUCCUGAGGCCAAGUUGCCCCCGUCAUGAAGGUGCCCCCGUGUAUUCUUCGAUGGACAUUCCCAGGAAGGUCCCUCAUCAGUGGUACAUCCCCGGACACUGAGCCUGUCACCUGAGACUGUGGCUGUGUCGCUCAGGCAGUGUGAGGCUGUGACCUAGUCACUGUCCAUGAAUGGGCUGUGGAGGGGUGCGUGCCCAACUUAGAUGCGGUGAACCCCAGAAUGGCAUCACAGCCUUCCUACAUGUUUGACUCCACUUCUACUUGGAACUUCCAUAAUUUAAAUAAACAAACAAACAAACAAACUUUUCUCUUCCUAAGUGAGGUUUACUCGAAAGUCUCAGUUGCUCACAUUCAUGUUAAUAGGACCUCUUGCUUUAACUUCAUUGGUUGGUUCAGGCCUCUUUUCCUUUGUUUGUUGCUAUGGGAAUGAAGAAGGAUGAGCCCAAAGCCUCUUCUCCUCCAUUCUUGGUGGACAUUAGCAUUUUCUCUGUUGGUUGCUUUUGUCAACUUAGACAAAUAAGAGAGAACACAGCACAGCACCUCAGACUGGCAGCCCCAGGAUUCAGGACACUGAGACAGGAGAAUGAUAAGUCCUGGGACGUCCUGGGCUACGGGGGAAACCCUGCCUUAGGAACAAAUAAACUAACAGACGGAGUUGUUUCCUGACACAGGUGUGAACGCUCCUACAAGCCACCUGAAGGUGCCAUGUUCCCAAAAUGGGAAACCACGCACUUUAAAUGGCCUUCAAUUGAAAAGCAGCCGCAGAGACUUGGUUCGAAGUGUUCGCCUUUCAUGAAGGACAGAUGUUGUUAUAGCUAAUUCAAAUCCAUAGCGUAGAGUUAGGUCUCGGCUUCUAAUAGUCUGAGUCCUUCCAGGAGACAGAUGCCUAUGCAUCCCUUUUUAUUUUGCCCUAAAUGUAAAACAUCUUUGACAGCAGCUUGGGAGUGGAGCCAUCAUUCUGAUUAUCAACUGUGAUUUUUUUUUCCCUCCAUUUCCUUGGAUUUUCACCUGCCCUGUGGUUAUAUGUAUUAUAUGUGGUUUAUAAAUUCAACACUGGCUUUUUUUUAGUUCUGUUAUUAAAUUAUAUUUUUCUAUGUUCUAAGUAAUAGCAGAUCUGGCUGCUUCUGGUAACAGAGAUGGAUGGACCUGUAACUAGGAGACAAGAGUUCUAUUUUAGCACAAAAGCAUUUUAUAUUAUUUAUUGAAUCCGUAUGUGCGUUCCCAUGGAAACCAUCUGUAUUUCUGCUUCUUGUGAUCUGUAUAGUUUGUUAUUUAAAGAGAGAUGGCAGCCUUUUGUGUUGCUGAAACAAUAAAACCAAGCUCCUACAAGCAG